CACUCGGCUCUCCACAGUGAUUGCAGCAAGGAGGGGGAGCGUGAGUUGAGGCCUGAAAUGGCGGGCUUGGGUGCUUCCAAGAUUUUAACCCAGUUCCGUCCUCUAACCUGCGCCGCCGCCACGGCCACGGCCACCGCGUGCCAUCCGGGGCGGCUGGUGCCCCACCCACCUGAUCUUAUCAAAUGGGUGAGGAGAGAAGGGGGUUUUGUUCACCAGGCAGUGACAAUAGCUCCAAGUGCUGACUCCUGUGGCCUUGGAUUGGUGGCUUCUCAAGAUAUCCCUAAAGGCUCUGACCUGAUUGCCCUCCCUCACCACAUUCCCCUGAGGUUUAGCUCUCUUGAAUCCGAGGGUGUUGAUACUAUUGACUCUGUUUUGGUGAAUUUGGCCCGUCAAGUUCCUGAGGAACUAUGGGCAAUGAGAUUGGGUUUGAAGCUUUUGCAAGAAAGAGCAUCAAUUGGUUCCUUCUGGUGGCCAUACAUCAGCAAUCUUUCAGAAACUUACAGUGUACCCAUCUUCUUUCCUGGAGAGGAUAUAAAGAACUUGCAGUAUGCUCCUCUUCUGUACCAGGUAAACAAGAGAUGUCAGUUUCUUCUAGAUUUUGAGAAAGAAGUCAAACGUGAUCUGAAAAAUCUGAAACCGGAUGAUCACCCUUUUAGGGGUCAAGAUGUUGAUGCAUCUUCCCUUGGAUGGGCAAUGUCUGCAGUCUCAUCCAGGGCAUUCCGUUUGCAUGGCAAGAAACUGUCAGAUGGGACGCAUGUUGAUGUUCCUAUGAUGCUUCCUCUUAUUGAUAUGUGCAACCACAGCUUCAAUCCUAAUGCCCAAAUUGUUCAGGAACAAGACGCAGGGAGCACUAAUAUGUUAAUAAAGGUUGUGGCGGAAACACAGAUCAAACAAGAUGAUAAUCUAGUACUCAACUAUGGCUGUUUGAACAAUGACUUUUUCCUUCUUGAUUAUGGAUUUGUGAUACCCUCAAAUCCCUAUGACUCUAUUGAGCUCAAAUAUGAUGGAGCCCUUCUGGAUGCUGCAAGCAUGGCUGCUGGGGUCAUGUCCCCAAACUUCUCCUCACCAGCUCCCUGGCAACAGCAAAUUCUUUCCCAGCUAAAUUUAGAUGGAGAAGCUCCUGUUCUCAAGGUAUGCUUAGGAGGCUCAGAAUUGGUAGAGGGCCGCCUGUUGGCUGCCUUAAGAGUACUUCUUGCCUCUGACUUGGAAACAGUACAGAAGCACGAUUUGAAUACGCUUAAAUCAUUAGCAGCCGAAGCUCCUCUUGGGAUAUCAAACGAAGUGGCUGCUCUACGCACUGUUAUUGCAUUAUGUGUGAUUGCACUGGGACACUUCCCCACCAAAAUAAUGGAGGAUGAAGCCCUUUUGAAACAAGGUGUUUCGGGUUCCACUGAAUUGGCUAUCCAGUUUAGGAUCCAAAAGAAAUCAGUGAUUAUAGAUGUGAUGAGAGGUCUCACAAGCAGGGUGAAGUUACUCUCGUCAAAGGAAAAGAUCAGUGCUCAAGGCUAAGUUAUCAUGGUAGAAGAGUUAUUUUAACUCUGCAAAUCAGAUAGAAAAAAAAGGAAAGAAAAUGAAAGUUUGACCGAGACUCAUUCACCCUUAUGUCUCAUUGUUCUCACCGUGUACAUUUCCUUUUUAUCUUUUAUUCUUCUCUACAAUAAUUUUCUGUUUUGACGCAUAUUUGACUCAAAACGCUUCUAGGAAAUUUUGGGUUGGGGCCGGUGAUUCCUCUUUGUUCAUUUGACUUCUUAUUGCAAUUCAUUUCACACUUGUAGCGUUCUGUUUUGGUUUUUCCUACACUAAUGUACAGUUAAACUUUACUCCCCUUUGCCCUGGUU